AGCGCCUACGUCUAAUUCGAGAGCCUAAAUUAGUAACUUCAGCAAAAUAUGGGCGAACUUCAACAGCUGUAUUACCUACCCCCACCUCCACUGCCACCACCAACGGCACCGCCGCCGACGCCGCCUCCACCGCUGUCAUCACAUGAUGAACGUUCUCCAUCUGCUUCACAUCAAGAGCCUCCUCCUCCUCCUCGCUUCGAUCCUAGCCGAAUGGUUGGUAUAAUAAGAAGAAAGGCAUUGAUAAAGGAUCUGGCUGCGGUGUACCACGCAGAGUGCCUAACAUACUGCCAGGAACUUUUGGAACUCCAAAGCAAAUUGGAAGAGAUCUUUGAGCAGCUUAGGCUCAAGGAGAUUGAAGGAUGUAUUGGGUGCAUAUUGCAUCAGAUGGGCAGAGUGAAGCAUUUAGAAGCCAUGGAACCUCAUGUUAAGAGCAAGGCAAUGAUAAAGUUUUGGACAUAUGAGAAGGAAGAGAGCAAAAAAAAGAAAAAUUGGAGAGGCUUGAUUGGAACUCCAUUUGAUUGCGUUAAGAACAAACAGAGCUUGAAGUGUAAGUUUUAUCUGCAAGCUUGAAAAUUUUUGGAUGCUAGAGAUGAUUCUAUAGAUUGAAUAUUGUAUGUUGUUGCUGGGUUGAAUAGAUUAGCUUGAUAGGCUGACUUUUUGGUGGUGCAAUGCAAAAUGAGGUCAAGGGCGAGUUUUCCUCAAACCCAGUCUUAUUGUUCGUGGGUACUAUUCUGUUAGUUAUUGCAGCACUAGGUUUUUAAGCUAUUUUAGGUCUUUACUGUAUUUUUCCUUUACUUUUGGGUUCAGGAUUCCUCUUUUUUAUUGCGUUCCCUUUUAUGGUGAUUUCUUUUUCAGGGUAGAGUUUUAGUUAGACCCUUUUAGGGUUCCCCUUCUAUAUAUCUGUGCUUUUUAGUUCUGGCUGUGCAUUUAAAUUUUUCAGUUUUUUCGUGAUUACAGUAAUUGCCAUUUCUGAUAAGUUUAUUGUGUAGAACUUCUGAGUUUGUUGUUUUAAAUUCAGCUGCCUAAUCAAGUUUUUCCCUUGGUUUUCCCUGAUAACCUUUAAUCAACUUUGUUGGUUUUCCCAUGUCACAUUCCCAGGAGGUUGAUUCUGAAGAUGAGCUAUGAUAGAGCUUACGUCAAAUUUUCCAAAAUCUUGAACUUUUGUUUCCCUUGAAUUGGUUACCUGCUGCAUCAUAUUGUUAGUGAAUUCAAUAACAGACAUGUGCCAGUCUACAACUGGCACAGAUUGCAAAUUCUAAUCACGAACAGUUGUAGAAUGCCUUACUCAAUAUGAGCCUAAUUAGACAUUAUAUUUAGAAGUUGAAUAUGAAUAGUAAUAGGUCUGCACCUCAAGGUUAAUGCACAUUGCCAAUCUCACAGAGAGGAAUAUGUAGUUUAAUGAGUUCCAACUUAUCUAUGUAACCUUGUUUAGCUUUAUUUCCUUCAAGUUUUAUAGAAUUUGCUUCAUUGUGUUUGAAAUGUGCGUUCAAGCUUUUGUAGCUUACUUUACAUGCAAUGAUAGGACAAAGAUUAUCAAUCAUGUUAGCAGAUGAAUUUAAGUGCUCCUCAUUAUGACACAAAAAAAUAAUAAAUACCAUCAAUUGCACUAGAUAUAAAGUAGUAUGUGAAACCUUCUUGGAUUAGGUUCUGAAUGGAAUUACCACUGCCAGACACACAAACACCCAAAAAGAAAGAAGAAAUUAAGAAAUAGGUAGAAUGUUUUUUAUGCUUUGCUCUUUCUGUUGUCUUCUAACUUUAAGAUGAUGAAAUAAAAUUUGAGAGUUUCAGCAAAAUAAUGUGAUAGGGUGAUCUAAAUUUUGAUGUAUUCACAGAGUAAUUGACAGGAGCCUUGAACUUCAAGUUGUUCUAUUUGCUGAUAUAAUUUUCAGUGGACAAACUGAGGGAAGAGUUUAAAGAAGUACAAUACACUAGAAUUUAAUUUAAAGGUGAACUUUUUCCAAAAGUAAUGUUUUCAGUUAUGUAGGCACGGUUUUAGUGAUCACCAUUUUAAUCAUUUACUUUUUAUUUUCUAUGAAAUUGAUAAAUUCAUGUAUCUUUUUUCACCUGACUCAAACUUCUGAAAUUAAGUUAAUAGAAUGGUCACAAGUAGCUACUUCACAGACAUUUAUUGAUCACAAACACAAAUAAAGCAAAAAGUAAGAAAUUUGAUAUGGCCACAUGCUGGAAUGAGUAAUAAUUCAAAUAAAAAGUGAAACCUGGGCAUUGUGAUAGGCUCAGUAUUUAUUAUAAGCUAAGAUCAGAGGAGUACAUUAUGAGACAUGUUAGGCAACAGGCUAAGAUUCCAGGUAGUGUGGAUUUGAGUAUAUUUUGGGAAGAGUUGUUAUGCAUCAUGACUGGAAAACAUUGACCCUGCUUAGGAUAAACUCAAUUUAAUUAGUUGAGCGGAGCUGGGUAAUCUUUUCAAAACUCCAUUAAGGUUUCUUCAAUCAUAUAGCUCCAUUAUCUUGUAACAAAAAAGAGCUAAACUCGUCUGUGCUGAAGAUGUAUGUUCUUACUGCAACGUUUCUCACUAUAACUGAAUACUUAGCUUAUCUUCAUGAGCAUUGAUCUUUUUAUUGGAAAAUCAGCUUAACAUGUUGCAUUUCCUCGGCGAU